UGUUCAGACAUAGCCCAAACCCAGGUAAAAGUGUGCCAUCGAGUCGGUGUUGACUCCUGGUGACCACAGAGUCCUGUGGUUGUCUUUGGUAGAAUACAGGAGGGGUUUACCAUUGCCAUCUCCUGUGAUUUGCUACUAAGAAUGUUUCUCCUUAUCUCUGCAGGAAUAAAGAUGAAGAUGAAAAGGGGGCACAGACUGGUCAUCCCAGAAAUCCGGCCCAUGUUGCCCCGUGUCCUGGGGGACCCCGGUUGCACCAUUUUCUGGGGGACCCUCUGAGGGAAGAGCCCAAUGAGGCAGCCUUGGUGCCAGGACCCCUUCCAGGAUUUCAUGUCCCCACUGACAUUCUGGGGAAAGAGCUCAAUGAGGAAACCUCAAUGCUAGGAUCCCUUCCAGAACCUCGCGUCCCCACAGAUAUUCUGGAGGAAGAGCUCAAUGAGGAAACGUCGGUGCCAGGAUCCCUUCCAGAACCUCACGUCCCCACUGAUAUUCUGGAGCAAGAGUUCAAUGAGGAAAUGUCGGUGCCAAGAUCCCUUCCAGGACCUUGCAUCACCAAUGACAUUCUGGGGGAAGAGCCCAAUGAGGCAACCUUGGUGCCAGGAUCCCUUCCAAUACUUUGUGUCCCCACUGACAUUCUGGGGAAAGAGGUCAAUAAGGAAACCUCAAAGCCAGAACCUCUUCCAGGACCUCACAUCACCAAUGGUAUUCUGGGAGAAGAGCUCAAUGAGGCAACCUCAGUGCCAGGAUCCCGUUCAGGACCUCUCAUUUCUACUGAUAUUCUCGAGGAAAUGCUCAAAGAGGAAACCUCGAUGCCAGGAUCCCUUCUAGGACCUCAUAUUACCAAUGACAUUCUGGGGGAAGAGGUCAAUGAGGAAAUCUCGGUGCCAGGUCCUUCCAUCACCACUGGCAGUCCAACGGAAGCAGCUUUUGUGUCAGAGCCCUUACCAGAGCCUUCCAUUGCUGACAGUUAUCUUGAGCAAGAACUAGAAAUCCUCACAGGAUUACAGCAUGACUAUGUCCAGCGGCGUAGGUAUUGUGGCACCUCAGAACCCUUUUGCAUAGACACCCAGCACAAAGUUCAGCUGGAGUUUUGAUACUCAGCCCAGAUGAUGGACCAAGCACUAGCACUGCCCUUUUUUGCACCAGCACUCAGCCUGGUCAGAACAUACAACAUUUUGGCUCUCUUGGUUGCAGAAAUGAGGGUUCGCCGCAUUUCCCAGCAGUUCCCUCGUUCUCUCCGGGCCAUCAACCUGCAAAUCGGACACACACGGACAAGGCUCAUCCGCAGUGAAGUUCAGCUG